AAUGAAUUUCACACUCACAUCCUGAAACAAGUCAAGAAUUGUGCACACAUCAACCAAGGUGGACCGCGUGGACCUUGCAGCACGUCGUAUAUAUUGCCCAGAAAACUGCAAACAAAGGUAGGCCUAAUAAUAUAUUUGUAUAUAUACUGAGCAAAAAUAUAAACGCAGCAUGCAACAAUUUCAAAGAUUUUACUGAGUUACAGUUCAUAUAAGGAAAUCCGUUAAUUGAAAUAAAUUAAUUAGGCCCUGUGUUGUGUGACAAAACUGCAAAUUUUAAAGUGGCCUUUUAUUGUCCCCAGCACAAGGUGCACCUGUGUAAUGAUCAUGCUGUUUAAUCAGCUUCUUGGUAUGCCACACCUGUCAGGUGGAUGGAUUAUCUUGGCUAAAGACAAAUGCUCACCAACAGUGAUUUAAACAAAUUUAUGCACAACAUUUUAGAGAAAUACGUUUUUUUGCUUAUGGAACAUUUCUGGGAUUUAAUAUUUCAGCUCAUGAAACAUGGGACCAACACUUUACAUGUUGCGUUUAUAUUUUUGUUCAGAAUAUAUUUUCUAGUGAUAGAUUCAGGUAACAUAAAUAUGGAUAAUAGAGCAUGCUGCUCGUUGAUGCCAUCCAUAAUGAAGAUGAAAUGUAGAGCUAAAUCCAUUGUCCUGAAAAAACAUAUUUUACCAAUUCACUUUACCUGUGAACAGAUAUAGUUGUGUAUUUCUAAGGCUAAUGGAAGUGGUAGCCAGGAUGUUUUGGAUAGGCAGCAUGUUUAGCAGUGUCAUGUCAACGCCCUUUUGACCCCUGUGAAAUCAGAGACUCAGUUAUUGUUUUACAUAUGCAGGGAUGUGUAGCUAGCUUUGCUGAGUGUGCUGCUUUAUUGUUAUACCACAGCACUUAACUAACAAGUAAUGUAGCCUACUGUAGGUUGAAGGUUACCAUGCCUCCCAGUUUCUGAGUCCAAAUUGGCUAGCUGAAACAGCCUUGUUUAAUGAUAGCCUCUUUAAAAAUACUAUGAUCAUACUGUCAACAGUGAAGAAACAGGACAUAUUUUGUAUUGACCAAUGACCACCAUAAUGUAUAAUGUCAUAUAGUUUUGUGCCAUGUCAGGAAUAUAUGACACAAACAAAUCACAGCCUGAGAGUGUAGCAAAUAUUCAAUACAAGCAAGGCCUUAUUUGAAUAGCAUGUAUCUAUUUGUUCUGCCUGUGUAAAUACUCUUUGAACAUCAUGCGUUCUCUCCAUGUCUGCAUGAGUUUUCUUCUUCUCUCUCAUACCCUUAAACAUCUACUGGAGCUUUUCUCAAUUCUCCAUUACUUUACUUCUGAUUCCUCCUCUGCAGAAUUAGAUACAUCUAUACAGCUUCGAGUUUAAGGACCAACGAUAGCUGUUGUCAAAUGGGUGUCAAAAGCACAUUCUCUAUAUACCCUCUCAGAACCUCUAUGUUGCUCUUGAAGCAGAAACUAUAAUACUUGAACAUAAAUGGUUUGAUCUGUUCCUCCGUCUCCCCUCAGAUAAUCAUGAAGUUUAAUUGAUACAGUCAUUUGAAGAAAUACAGUACAUCAUUGAACACUCUCACAAACAUAUUGAGUGCAGUUGUAAAAUUAUGUUCUACUGACAAAUUAUCAGUGAAAUAUUGUAUGUACUCCUCAGUGUCAAAACCAAGGUCAUCAGGUAUCUAAUGAAGAGAGAACCAUUAGUAUAUUCAAUACUUGUUACCAUAACGCUUUUGUAUUUUCAUAAAACAUGAUAUUGUGGCUUGACUUGUAAGAAAGAGGAAUUUAAAUGUUUAAUGUACAGAACAUAAAUAAGGUAUUAAAUGUUCUGGUACAAGAGGUUAUGCUAUGAGAUAUUGAAUAAGUGUUUAAAACAAGUAGAUUUACAUAAUGUGAGUGUUGCUUCUCAAUAACACAGAGGUGCAUAAUGUGUAAAUAUUUGUCAACCUGUGACAUUAAUACAAGUACAGCAAUUACGCUAUCUGAAUUUGAAUUUGAAAUGUAUUUGUAUUAUUGUAGACAUUGUAGCACAUACACAGUAUCUAAACAAAUCUUUAUAACUGAGUUAUAUACAUUCUUACAGUGUGUCUGUCUGAAUGUGUGUGUCUGUUUGUACGAUGAUGGAAAAAGUGUAACGAACUAAUCAGGUACAUUAGUUGUUACAGAAUGUAAUCUAUAGUGUUUGGGUAGUUGUUUGUUUCAAUAGGGCCCUAGUAAUCAAAAGUAAUGAACCUAUUAUGAGCAGGUCCUCCGAGGGCCCGGUGUGGCAUUAAGAGUGUGGCACAUAAAAGGUUUAUUAAAGGAAAUUAAGGUUCAUCACUGCCACACCUGCUCCCCUAUUAUAAAUGUAUGACAGGUCAGUGCCUUCAAUCACAACAGCAAACCAGAGAGAGGAGUCAUGUUUCCCAUUACCAGGAAAAGUAACAGCGUAUCCUGUGACUCACAGAUUUCACUGGCCUGUGACCACUAUACACCGCCAUCAGCCUGGAAUAAUUACGUUUAAUAGGUUUUAUUUGGGAUCCACACACGCAAUGAUGGCGAGGGAGAGUGGAUGGAAUUUAACAAGUAUUUUGGUCUAAACACACUACUGUCUGUCUGUAUACCACCACCUGCACUUUAAUGUCAUUAUUUUGCAUUAUUACGUGUUUCCCACCUCAAAGUUUUUUUUUGUUUUAACUUCACCUUAGCUUGGUAUUUUGCUAUUACAUGCUACAUGUGUUUUCGUGACUCUACACCGAUUAAAUGCCACAGAUAAUUUGCACAUAACUACAUAAAUGUUCUGGGAAAUAUAGGCUAUUGUUGAUAGGAAGGGUCAAAAUGACUUCAAAUAAACUUCAACCACUGACGUCAAGGGCUCUCAAACAUUAAAUGGAUCCAGCAUCUGCUGAUAAAAUCUUAACAUCAUUAUUCCAGUCCCAGUUGUCAAUAUUUACAGAAUCUGUAUUUUGAUAUAAAUGAGUGUUACAUGCAUAAUGAUACAUAGUGUGUUCUUUAUUUACAGAUGGAUUCAGAAGGAGAGGAUAACCCACUUCAAACAUGCAACGGUGGCAAAGGUGAGUAGCUUCAACAACUCUUACCAUGUUCAGGCAAGCACAUCAAUAGCAGUAACCGAGCGUUUCAGCUAUUCACACACAUUCCACUUAUAUAGCUCUGGGGUCUAGGGGGAUAUCAGUUCAACAAUCCAACUUUACAACUGUCAGUUUUACGAAUUAUCUUACCAAUUUGAAGAGCACUGCAUUGCCAUUACAUUAUUCAGAUGGGGAAUUACUUCAUCAAAUUGGAACAGUGACUCAAAUUAGUUAAGGAGUGCAUAUAUAUAGUGUGAUUGAAAACCCCUAGACAGGGGAUGCCAUUAUGCUAGUUUUCCAAGCCUCUGAGGUCUGGUUGGUGGCACCAGAGCCAUUACUAUGUCUGGGAAAUGUAUUAUGGGGUUGUGCUUCAUGGGAAUACGGUAGACCUCUGAAUGAGAUUUGCAUCUGUGGUGCAAGGCCCUCUGGGAAAAUCGAUUUUGUCAAAGCUGUCAGGAGGAUGAUCUACAGUAGAUUGGGGGAGUGGAUCUUUUAUCAAUAUAAAGGGAAUCUUUGCUAUAAUGUUGUUCAUAUUAGAAGGCAAAAAAUAAAUAAUAUGUUUUACUUUUUUUUAUGUAACAGUAACUCUUUUUAUAGGUCAUUUGCUAGAGUACGCUCCAAAUUCAUGCUAGGGGAACACCCCACUACCAUGAGUGUACAGUAGUAGGACACAGUGUUAAUUCCCAACUGGUUAUCCAAAAGGUGGAGGUACUAGAUCAGUAGCUUUGAUCAGGAUUGUGUUUCCCAAGUAGACAGAUGCAGAGCCUGAGUCACUCCACAGUGGAAAUAUGAACAUGACUAUUUACCUGACAUACCUCUGCUUCUGCUUCUGUUUACAGUUCCAGUUGAAGGCAUCACCCAGGCUCCCAGGUAAGGGUUCAUGACCUCUAUGUGAAAAUAAACUUUUACAGAUAUCCUCUAACUCCCGGGUUUCUAUGUCCUUACAUACAGAGUGAAAUAGGAGUCCUUUGUUAGUAGAUGUGGUAUGCUGGCCAUGCCCUUAUCUUGAUAAUAACGGUUAUAAUUAAAUUUGUCCCCGUAGCUCUUCACUGCUUCUACGUACAUCAUUUUUAUAGUAUCUUUGGGGGGUCCGUUCAUCAUCUCAGCUAAAUACAGUUUCUUCAACCUUAUGUUGACCUUUUUUCACUCUAGCUACAAAUUACACUUAUACUUUCUGAAUCCCGCAAAAUACAAUUGGUGAAUAAACUGACAAUGUUACAUUUUAGGUUCAUUUUCAGUUGAACGUUUUCAGAUGAACCCCAGUAACGGCUAUGGCGCUUUGUUGACCCCGUUGCUCUUUUUAUUUAUCCAAUCCCUCACAACAGCACAUAUGGGUCUAUGGCUGCUAGGAAAAGACUCGCCCAGGAAGGGGUGCAGGGCGCCCCCGUCAACAAGAGAAAGUCUCUCCUGAUGAGGCCCCGCCAUUACAGCCCCAGCGAGGCGUGCUGCGAGGAGGAGAAUGAGGACCUGGCACCGCCACAGGACAAAGAAGAGCUGAGGAACAUUGACACUCCAGCAGGUAGACAGAUGUCCUGUUGUUUUGUCUGUUUUGAUGAACAAUUGACGCUGAAUUUUAAAAUCCCAUCUGUUGCAUUCAUAUUUCCCUCCCUCUCUAUUGCCUUUUAGGGCCCGGCAUCAGCCAGACCCCAUAGUCAUUAUGUACUGCAAGUGAAAGAUGACACUGCUGGGUCCACAUUAGUUGUGUCUGUCUCACGUCCUCAGAUUGAAGUUUUGACAGCUUAUCUGUCAUGAUAUUUUUGGCAUGGCUUUUCCCCACUUUUUUGAUGAGGCCAGAUUUUGGACUUCUCAAUCUCUUUUGCUUUAUGUGUUCGGUUUUUCUGAAAAGCCAUUCAAAAAUAGGUUAAAAACACAGAGAAUUGAGAAAUUAUGAUAAUGUUUGCUUUAGGCCCUUCUGUUUUGAAUCUCAUCUGUUGAUGUUUGUUUAGUAAUGUUCGUUUAGUUGAGUGUAGAAUAUAUGCAUAAUUGAUUGAUUAUUAACACAAGCUGAUGUUGCAUCUUGAAAAGAACCAGCUCGCCUUCUGAAGUAUGACAUUGGCAUUGCCUAAACAUGUUCUUAUAAAACCAAUGUCACUGAUACAAUAGAAUGGAAUAAAUUGGUGCUUAUUUGUCAAAAGAUACUAAGACCAAGCUACGUACUCAACAAUGACAUAAGGAAAUAUUUGUCUUUAUUUCAUUUAAAAACAUUGUCCCUCUCCAAAAGCAAAACAUUUAUAUUUCCUAAUGAAUUUAAUUUUGAGCAUUUUGGCCACAAUAUCCAUGGUUUACACAUGCAUUCUCACCCACUAUAAUCUGCACUUAUUUGGUAUAUUUUUAACGAUGUAACUAAGCAACAAAUGUAAUUGUCCCCUUCGAAAGCUUUUGUUAGGCCCUCUAACACAGUCCAAAUAUAUAUAAUUAGGCAUAAUGUCUACAGCUCAUUAUAGUACACAUGUGGGUAGUUAAAUGGACCAAGAGAAUAGCUCAAUGAAUUGUGCAGAUUCAUUAGAAAUGGAAUUUAUUUAUUUCUGGGGUUCAUAUAACAUUACAAUUAUCGUAACCCUUUUUGCACUAGAUUUGCCAUCCAUUUAUUUUCCCCCUCUGAUAACUUUCUUUGUUCAUAUACCUCCCUCUCAUGGUCUGUUUGUGUUUCAAGCAGAGCUUUUAUGUGUCUGUAUUCAGUCACCACUACUUCUGCACUGCAUUAUAACCUUCAAACGAGGGCACUUGCCAACAGCAAGCCCUAUAAAAUACAGUGAACAUGUAUCAAAAGUCAGGCAACACAAACAAAUGACUGCACAUUGUGUGGUUAACAAAGACCUACGUACAUUUGUAAAUAUAUUUUUGUCACAAUCAGGUCUGGGGCUAUUUUAUGUGAAACGAUUAUGACAGUUCAAGUGGAUAGAAAAAUAAUGUAACAGUGGGAUACAGUUCAUAUCUGCAUUUUAUAGCAAAAAGAGGGAAAAACAAACCUCUCAUUUGGUCGAGUCGCAUUGCGUUCAACUCUAGCCAAGCUCCAACCUUGCUGCAGAGCGCCGGUAAUGGCUAUUCUGGAGUACAAACUCUUCACCUGUUCCAAUACACAAACCACAGGAGGGAUCCAAAAGCAGUCUCUUUUCUACUGCACUUCUUUCACUGUGUGUGUGUGUGUGUGUGCGUGUGUGUGUGCGUGUGUGUGUGCGUGUGUGUGUCAUCCAUCUGGACAAAAAUAAGUACUUUUUUGUCUGCUGUGCUAAUUGUAGCUAAGCAUAACUGACUUUUACUCUUUGUUGAACAGGCUGCUAUUUGUUUGCCUCUGUUUAGAAUUAAAUGUCUCUAGUAACAAAGAGAUUAUUAGCCACGUCAUUGCAUGUUAUAUGUCUCACAAAAUCCAGCUUGAUAUUUUGUGGGGUUGAAUCUAAAAAGGAGUUUAAUUAAGUCUAUUUCAUGAAACUUCUUGCUCUGUUGCUGUUUUUAUUUAUUUAUUGUCCUGUAUUAUAUUCAGUACAUUUACCUUAAUUUGCACAAUCCAAAAUCAUAUGCUUCGAAACAAAAGCUUUUGGCAGAGGUCCGUUCGCCAGAUAACACUUCCUGCAUUUAGCAGCUUUUCUUUUGGGGGAUUACGUUUUGUACUGUGGCCUGACUAUAAUGACGAGUAGUGUCUGUUUGAUAAUGUCUAUAUCAUCCUCAGUGGAAUCCACUUACAAGCCUAUAUAGCCUAUACGCAUCCUAAAUUAUUCCCAAAUCUAUCAUCAACCUAUCGGAUCCCUCUCACUCCAUUCUCUGUGGGCUACUUUUAGUUUGGUCCAUGAUGUCUAGCCACUUAAGAGGAUAGAUCUACUCAGUACAGUACAGCCUACUUAUGAUUUAUGAAGUAAAAACCUUUAUGGCCUUACCAAAGAGCUUUAGUACUGAAUAUAAGUUUAAAUGAUUUGGAGGAUCAAAAGAGAUUUUAUCGAAUCAAUCCAGAUGAUAGCUUGCCAUUGUUAAUCAUUGACCAUGAGUUAAUAUUAAUAUAAUCAGGGGUGUUACUAAAAUAAAGUGUCAUUUAAAAUGCAUUUUGGGGAACUAAGAGGCCUAGCUUUUCUGUCAGUUUCACAUAAAACGGACUAAGCUGGAAACUAGAAAUUGAAUUGUCAAAUAUUUUACCAUUACACACUGUCCUGGGAUACGUUCAACAUUUUGAUAUGUCAAUGAAAAUGUCCACUGAUAAACAUUUUAAACGCUUUCUUUAAAAAAUGUUUAGUAAAGAAUCAAUAUAAAAAUAAAUGACAAGGUGCACUCCACAUAAUUACAUAUUGAAAAGAGAUUUUGAAAAAUACAAUUUUAAUGAAAGAAAGGAAAGGAAAGGAAGAAGAAAACAAUGGAACAUUUCUUUUCUUUUUUUUUACUGACAUUUUCCACACUUUCUUGGUUCUCAUGCUUACAUAUGAAUAUGAUUUCUUAAAUGAGUUGUAUGCGAAUGUCUACAAGUUAAUAUCUAAAAAUCAUAAAGCCCUGCUUAGCUUACACCUAAUAACUACUUAAAACGGAUGUUCAGUGUCACAAGCGAUGCAGGCUAAAUCUCUGUCAUAAUCUGGUCCGUCUUAAUCCACAUCAAGUUGUUGUAUUCUGAUUGGAGAUUUGUAAGAAGACGAAGAAAAUAUUUUUCAUCAUCUCUAGGUUUCAUGUUCAACUAGCCAAAAUAAGUGUCUCAUGUAUUAUCUCUGAUGUACUUGAGGAAUUGCAGCAUAAUCUUGCAGUUGCGGUCCUGUCCAUACUAUUAUUAUUUUCAUGACACAUUUGAUUUGUCAAUCCUCUUAACAGUCUACAAGACAUGCAUUUUCAAGAUAUGAAAAACUGUCAUGAAAUGUGCGUUGAAUGUCUCAACGAAACAUUCUGACUAAGCUCAAAUGGGGACAUACAAAAUUGUUACUCUUUCUGCCUAGCCAAAUGUUCUCUGAAAAUCAUGGCCUUAACAUGAACAAUUGACUCAAAACUCACAGCAUAGGUUUUUUUGCUCCUACUUUGUUUCUUAGAUGGAGGCCAAUAUAUGUUUAAUGAAGUGCCCCACAGAAAUGGCUGCCAGGACGCAAUAACAAAACCCAAUGAUUCCUUUGGAUGGUCUGAGGUGGUGACUGAUGACUCUCCCCAUGAGGAGGCUGCAGCCUCGGAAACUCUGGAAGAUGAAGAGGUGGAGGAACGAAACCAAGAAGAAGAGGAAGAAGAAGACCAAAGUCAGGACAGGAUGAGUAUGACUUGCAGUUCCUCGCCACGUAAAAGCCCAUACGAGGACAGCCGGGAAGCCGAGUGGGAGCCUCUGUCCCUGUUUCAUUCUGCUAGGGUGAAUGGCUCCAACGGCUCCAUCAGCAGCCCCUCCAAAGCCACCACCGGAGGAGGACACCCAUUAGGCAGGAACGGCCACCAACACAUGAGAGACGACGAUCCUGACUCGGACCUGAGGGGGUACAACAUAGGCAGAGUAGGCCCCUUCCAGGCAGGGGCCUUGCGGCUCUACCAACCGACACCCAGUGAGGAGGACAGUGAGGGAGAGCCAGAGGUGGAGAGGCCUCCCCAGCUGGAGGCCUGGGCGCUGGGCCUGCAGGAGAUGGAGAGACCGCUGGGCCUGGAGAUGGACAGAGACAGAGGAGACAGAGACAUGGACAGAGGGAGGGUGAACCUGAGCCUCCUGGAGCAGGCCAUGGCCCUGCAGUCAGAGCAGAGGCAUGUCAUCCACAACGCCUAUAGGGAGAUGGACAGGUUCCUACUGGAGCAGAUGACCAAUGAGAGGAGGCACCAAAGGCUAUUGGAUGUGAACUCCAGGGUGGGCUACCAUGGAUGCAAAGGUAUGGAUAAUAGAUUUGAAUAUGUCUUAUUUCUUUGUCAAUUCAAGAUUCUAGUUGUUUUAGCAUGUUUAUGUUUUUUUUACAACAGGUUUUUAUCAACAUAAUGAUAGAGGACCCUUUUCUUUAAGCCCUUCCUCUGUUUUUGUAUGUGUACUAUUUAGGAAACUUGAGAAUAAUAGGACUACAUACAAUGAAUAUUGCACUUAUUGUAAUGAAGAGUAGUGGGCAUAAAAGAAGUACGCAGCAGACAUGAUUAUGCAUGUUUAUCUAGUAUGGAUCAGCCCACUUGUGAUUUUAAUAAUGAGGCUCUUCAAAACAUAAAAAUAAUAAAAUAACCAUAUUCCGAGGGGGAAAUUGGAGGGAGGAGGGGAAAAAUCCUCUUAAGUACUAAAAACAUUUGGGCAACAAAUGAUGUAAUAAAUAAACAGACUAAAAUUUAAAAAAGAAUAAAAUCUUCUGAUGGAAUUGCUACUACUCAGAAUAUUGGAUUUUGAUAGGAAUCAACUGGAUAUUUAACCAUGACCAUAAGUCUUAAAUCCACCCAAAGUACCCCUCAUGUUUUCCACUGAUUCUUCAAAUGACUGCAGCCUAAUGUGUAAUCCCAGAUAUAAUCUUUCGAUGGAUGGGCAUUAAGAUGUGAAUGCCCUGUGUUGAACUGGAAGCCUUAACUAAAAUGACAGAUUAAUAGAAGCAUUUUGCAAAAAGUGUCUAGCUCUUUGCAUGAUACUGUCCUGCAAUCUGUAUGUUUCUAUGUAGCUACUGUAUAUCUAUAGCACUGUAGCUUCAGUAUUUAAGUGUGUUUUCAUUUAGCAAUUCCCAGAAUCUCACUUAAAAUACAUUUCCGAGGAACAUUCAUGCAAGAAAACCUCUACAAGUUUAAUCAAAUAUUAAACUGAAGUUCAUUAGCCAAGACAAUAUUGCCAAAAUACUUUUUAAUGAACAAUUACCUUUGUUCUACUCUUUGUUUGUGUGGUAAGGAAGGUUAUAAAGCAUGUUAAGCAUGUUAAGAAUGAUACUGCAACAUUCUUAAAGGUGUCGUUAUGUAUAUGUGAAUGUCUAUGUAUAAAUCGAAGAGUUCCUGUUGUUUGUCUCCUCCCAGACUCUCCACGGCCAGACAAGAAGGAUAUUAGGUGUCCUACCCCUGGGUGUGAUGGAACUGGCCAUGUCACUGGUCUGUACCCUCACCACCGGAGUCUGUCUGGCUGUCCCCACAAAGUCCGAGUUCCCCCAGAGAGUAAGUCACUCAUAUACACACCUGCUGUAUACAUCAUACAUACACAAGCAUGUACACAUAUAGAGUAGAAUGGGAUGUUGUUAUCAAUCAUAAAAUAAGUUCUGAUGUUCGAAUGAAAUCAUGAAAGUUAUCAAAUACAGAUGUAGGAUCUUAAUUUGAGCCAGUUUGCUACAGCAGGAAAAUAAUCCUGCAACAACAGGAAAUGUGAAUUAUUAUGUGGUUUAUAAUUAAUGCCCAUUUUUCUAGGAGUUAAUGCAUUUUUCGUAAGGCAUAAUUAAGUCUGAAAUUUGAACGUGGAAAUUACAAACUUCAGAUGCAUUUUUAAACCUCAAAUACACUACAAGUUUAACAUUUCCUGCAACAAGGUGAUCAAAUUAAGAUCCUACAUCUGUAGUUCCAGAAACUGUUUGAUUGAAGGGCAUCUCUACAUUUUCCAUUAAUAGAAUCAUGCAAAUAGAAAAAUCAUAUUUCAAUACACAAUUGAGACAUGUUGUCACCUAGGAACUUGGAGUUUACUUCUAAUUUCUGAAAAUUGAAAAGGCUUUUUUAUUGGUUGUGAUUUAUUCAUUUCAAUGUAACAUAAUAAACAUCCAACAUUAAACAAUAAUGAUACAAAAGGAACAGAAAAAGUAAUUACAUUUUUUCAAUAUGAAAGCAUGUGCUCUUAGACCAGAGGCAGUGUUUGCAAAUCAAAGGGUUACUAACUCUGCAUUCAAAAAUAAAUAAACAAAACCUGCAAACUAACUGGAAAAUAUGUACAGAAAAUAAAAGUUUCCAAGGAUACCAAGUGGAACUCCAACAAUGAGAAUGUUUUAUGAAAAAAAAAAAAGAAGUGCUUUCUUGUUAUAUUCUUAUUUCCACUAAAGUAUUUGUAUUAUGCAACCAACACACAGUGCACUGACAAUGGGAACAGUGCUAGUUAGACAUGCUUGUGUCUUCAAAGGAUCUGUGCACUAUAACCAUGGUUUCUUUCCGAUGUCAGUACAUAAGGAAUGUGUUAAUUGAAUUAAAUUGUCAAGAAAUGAACAAGCAGACUGUAUGCCUAUAGUUUUCAACUUGAUCACUGUGGAUACAUUAUUAUUUUCCUGUCUUAUCAUGUUGUGCUCUGUUAAUUAUGUUAACUAUAGAUCCUCCUAUGACUCCUAUGCCUACUCUACAUGGUAUCAUCACUGAUACAGUAUAUUUACCACUGAUGUACAGUAAAGCUCUCCUUCUACUAACCCUACUGUCUCACCUACUGUCCCUCUCCUCUCCUGUCUGUCCCCAGUCCUGGCCAUGCAUGAAAACGUCCUCAAGUGUCCUACUCCCGGGUGCACAGGAAGGGGCCAUGUAAACAGCAAUCGUAGCACCCAUCGGAGGUACAGCCUGCAGGACUAACCCAUUAAAAAUGUCAAACUGUACCUAGAUAGGUUUAAUGUCGGACUAAUGGGUUUGAUUUCCUCCUAUUCCUCCUUCUCCUCAUCCAGUCUCUCAGGCUGCCCCAUUGCUGCUGCAGUGAAAGUCUCCAAACCUCAAGAGGAGAGCCCCAAAUGCAGGCAAGCACCUGAACGAAUGUCCAGGUAAAAUCACAUGGACUGAGAAUGUAUGUUUUAACACAUGUUAUAGCUGUAAUAUUGCAAUAUUGUCACUUUGACUGUUGACUAUUAUUGAAGUGCAUGAGCAUGUGCACAUAUAUUAUGAUGACAGUAAACCAUUGAGACAUAAAACAAAUUGAUUCUGAGAGCAUAGUCCCUUUGAUAUAAAACAAAGUUUGUGUUCGUUGACUUUCAAUUGCAAUAUCAUAUAAAAUCAGGAGAUAUGUUGGUUAACAUUUACUGUAUCAUAUCCAGUUUAUUCAUUCAGUGUAUUGUAAAAUGAAUGACAAUAUAUAGCCUAGCAAAGCAUCACAGAUAUGGUUACUCAGUAUCACUUGUUCUUAAGCAAUGGUUUAAGGUCCCAUGAGAUUCUCCCUAUUAGAGACACAGAGCAUCAGAACUCUUUCUUCCCUGUAGAGAAAUGACGGGCAGACUGCCUACUCAUACUAAAUUAAUUAGUUGGGCAACAUGCCUGUGUGUGAACCUACAAUACAGAUCAGAUCCCACAAUCCAGGAGGAGGACAUUGAUAUUAUUAUAUGAUUCAAACUACAUUGUGUCUAUUACUUUCACAAUCACCACCACCUCUUCCACAGCUAACAUGUGCAUAACAGUACCAGUCAUGUAGUAACCAAAAAAGUGUUAAACAAAUCAAAAUAUGUUUUAUAUUUGAGAUUCUUCAAAUAACCACCCUUUGCCUUGUUGACAGCUUUGCACACUCUUGGCAUUCUUUCAACCAGCUUCACCUGGAAUGCUUUUCCAACAGCAUUGAAGGAGUUCCCACAUAUGCUGAGCAUUUGUUGGCUGCUUUUCCUUCACUCUGCAGUCCGACUCAUCCCAAACCAUCUCAAUUUCGUUGAGGUCGGGGGAUUGUGGAGGACAGGUCAUCUGAUGCAGCACUCAAUCACUAUCCAUCUUGGUCAAAUAGCCCUUACACAGCCUGGAGGUGUGUUGGGUCAUUGUCCUGUUGAAAAACGAAUGAUAGUCCUACUAAGCGCUAACCAGAUGGGAUGGCAUAUCUCUACAGAAUGCUGUGGUAGCCAUGCUGGUUAAGUGUGCCUUGAAUUCUAAAUAAAUCACAGACAGUGUCACCAGCAAAGCACCCCCACACCAUAACACCUCCUCCUCCAUGAUUAUGGUGGGAAAUACACAUGCGGAGAUCAUCCGUUCACCCCACACCGCGUCACACAAAGACACGUCGGUUGGACCCCAAAAUCUCCAAUUUGAAUCUCCAAUUUGUCCAUUGCUCGUGUUUCUUGGCCCAAGCAAGUCUCUUCUUCUUAUUGGUGUCCUUUAGUAGUGGUUUCUUUGCAGCAAUUCGACCAUGAAGGCCUGAUUCACAAAGUCUGUGACUUGAACUCUGUGAAGCAUUUAUUUGGGCUGCAAUUUCUGAGGCUGGUAACUCUAAUGAACUUAUCCUCUGCAGCAGAGGUAACUCUGGGUCUUCCAUUCCUGUGGCAGUCCUCAUGAGAGCCAGUUUCAUCAUAGCACUUGAUGGUUUUUCGACUGCACUUGAAGAAACUUGAAAAGUUCUUGAAAUGUUCCGUAUUGACUGACCUUCAUGUCUUAAAGUAAUGAUGGACUGUCAUUUCUCUUUGCUUAUUUGAGCUGUUCUUGCCAUAAUAUGGACCUGGUGUUUUACCAAAUAGGGCUAUCUGAUUGGCUCAAACGCAUUAAGAAGGAAAGAAAUUCCACUAAUUAACUUUUAAGAAGGCACACCUGUUAAUUGAAAUGCAAUCCAGGUGACUACCUCAUGAAGCUGGUUGAGAGAAUGCCAAGAGUGUGCAAAGCUGUCAUCAAGGCAAAGGGUGGCUAUUUGAAGAAUAUCAAAUAUCAAAUAUAUUUACUUUAACACUUUUUGGGUUACUACAUGAUUCCAUAUGUUUCAUUUCAUAGUUUUGAUGUCUUCACUAUUAUUCUACAAUGUAAAAAAUUGUAAAAAUAAAGAAAAACCCUUGAAUGAGUAGAUGUGUCCAAACUUUUGACUGGUAGUGUAUGUGUCAAUAUCCUAUCCUUACAUGCAUUUUAUUUGACACCAUAGCCACUUUCCUGCCCACUUGUGUGCAUGUGUCAAUUUCCUAGUUCCUUACAUGCGCUUUAUUUGACACAUACAGUAGCCACUUUCCUCAUCAAAUCCAACAACAACACCUCGUCUUCUUGGAUUCUUCUCCAACCAGACCUCUCGGCCCCCUCAUGAAGAAGUUGGAGUUCAACCAGUACAGCUACAGGUUCGCCCAUCACCAUCCUGUCACCGCCGCCUUGCAAGACAACCUCACCAAGGACAUGGACAAGUACAGCAAGAUCCGCUUUGAUUACGCCAGCUUUGAUGCACAGGUCUUCGGCAAACAACCUCUGAUGGCACCCAACCAGGACCAAGAAAUCUCUCCUUCACACUUCCCUGACUGUGAGUUUCGCACAUUUGGGGGGUGGGGGGGGGGGGGUGGGGUGGUGUGUUGGAACCAUAACAGCAUGUCAAGCCACAUUAAAGGGAUUUAAUGUGCAAGCGUCGCUCAUCUUCUGCCACAAAUGUGCAACUCAUACAUGAUCAAACAACAACCAAACUACAAGUAUGCAACACACUCACAAGGUUCCUGUAAACAAGACAAUCAUGCUAGUUUAAUACUGCUUACAUUUACAGUUUAGUCAUUUAGCAGACGCUCUUAUCCAGAGCGACUUAGAGUUUGUGCAUUCAUCUUAAGAUAGCUAGGUGGGACAACCACAUAUCUCAGUCAUAGUAAGUACAUUUUUUCUCAAUAAAGUAGCUAUCAGCAAAGUCAGUGCUAGUAGGAUUUUGUUUUUAAAUACAAAAAUAGUUGGGUCCAACAGAUCUGUCAGAUCCUGAGAGAAUUGUCAUUUUAUCAAGAAUACAUGUUUUAUCAACACAGACUUUAUUUAUUCAGGCACAGACUGAUUCCAUUGAAACCACACUGUAACAACAAACGUAUAGCUGGAUGCAUGAUUCACCGUAAUGUAGUGAGUAUAAUCAGUUGUUCCUGUAUCUCUGUGUAACUUGCUGAAUGUGUGUUUUGUUAUCCAGCAGCUCUACAGUACACUGGCUUCCUGGGUGCCCCUGGCAACCUCCUGCCCACGCCUGGCCCCGGACGGCACAGCCCACCCAGCCAUUACAAACCUGGAUGUGAGGGGCUCCAAGACACCGUAGCCACCACCGCCAUCCUCAACCUCUCCACCCGCUACCGAAGCAACAUGGAGGCCAUCUCCAUCUCCGGCCAGCCCCUGGCAUCCUCCACAAAGGUAAUCAAAUUAGACCACUUGGAAAGGUAUUUAAUGGGGUCAUUUUAAAGCAACUCUGAUUUGUGUAUAAAAAGGGAGAAACAUCAAAAGGACCGUUUUUGGCAAUGUGAUGGUGUCUCUGGUGGCAGGGAAACAAGAGGUUCCCCUCCGUAAAGCUUUAAUGUACACAAAAGAAAAUGUGUGUAUUCACAUCAAAAGAAAAAAAAAUACAAUCAGCCUUAUUUCUCAAUUACAAUUAGACUCUGUAGUUUCUACUUUUAUGGUAAUGGACCAAAAAGAAAAUGAAAAAAAUACCUGUAUGAAAGUGUGUCUUGCAUGCUGCAGAAUAUAUUUUGUUUAACAAUAUAAAUUAUUAUCGAGGAUAAAGGCGUCAGCAUGCUUCAGUUUGGCUGGCGGCUAGCCGAAGUCGGCUAGGUGAACUGAAUGACUGUGCUCGCAUACUCCCUUAAAAGACAUUCUCUUGAAAAACAAGAAAAAAGCGGAAAUAGCCAGUAUACACUUUAAUCUAAGAUUCAUUUUGAUGCUUUUGCCUAGGAGAUCUUAUGUUUGGUGCAGUAUUUCUAAAUUUAAAAAAAUUGCAUGAAAAUGAGUCUUCUCUCGUUGAAUGACAACAAAGACUUUACUGAAGAAUCCCUACCAGUCACUGACGAAGGGGCGUAGACUUUGGCUACUGACUUCGGCUUGCCUCAAGAAAAAAUGUUUUGUGCCCGAACAACCAAAAAAAACCUUACCCAAAUCCAAAACGAACAAAAACGUCAUAAAAUGAUAUCAUAAUAUAUGCACAAACUCUUCCAAACUAUUACAAUCCCCCUUAUUUCUCAAUUACAAUUAGACUCUGUAGUUUCUGUAAAACAUGUGGUCAUGCAUUUAAUUUCUACUUUUAUGGUAAUGACCAAAAAGAAAAUGAAAUAAAUUAUAACUGUAUGAAAGUGUGUCUUGCAUGCUGCAGAUGGCGGAAUAUAUUUUGCUUAGUAAUACAUUAUCCAGGAUAAGCUGUGUCUCUAUCAGAUGGCCUAUAAAACUAGUUCAGUGGAUUAAACCAAUCAGCUGAAGGACUCAUUAGCUGAAAUCUUUUAUUCACACAAAACCAAAAUCUCAGUGAUUUAUUAAAUGUGCACCAGUUUAGUUUAAAACUUGACCCAUUUGUGCACAUCCUGUAUAAUCUAUAGUGGGAAAACCCCCAAAACCAUGAUACUCUCAAAUUAACUGAACCAUGGCCUUCCUAUGCAUAAAGUUUGACAGCAUAACAACUAAUGUCUCAAAACCCAAACAAGGCCUCUCUGCAGUAUGUAAUUUAUGACAGAAUAUUGAUAGAUAAAUGAUUCAAGGUUCCCAACACCUACACAGUACAGAACCCAGCUUGGUGAGCUGAGAAUGUGGUCCUGUACCAGGUGCCAACCCACUGAAUGAAUAAAACAGUGUUAGCAACUUAAUCAUUUGUGCUCUUCUGCAGUGGACUUAUGUAGCAUACAUUACACUGUAUGGGGCCAUGCAACUCAUAUGUUUGUUUGUAUCUCUGUAGGCUACCAGUGAUGCAAAUGCAACAAAACAUGCAUCACAACUCAAUGUGAAAAGUUCAUGCUGUUGAGAUUAGCUACAGACAUGUCACCAUCACACACAUAAUUAAAAUGGGCAGCCACACAUGCAUGCAAUGUCCAUGAAAAUUAUCCCCUUUAAUUAAUUUGAAAGGCUCUCUUUUGUUACAAAAAUAAUGGAAGAUAGGUUUAAUGGGAUAUAUGCGUUGAAUAAUUGGUUUCAUUUAUAGGCCGGAUUUCGGCAUUUAAUGAGGUAAAACUUUUAAUACUAUAAAACCUAUAAAGCUCAAGCACACAGCCUAGCAUUUCACAUAACACAGAAUGAGUAACACAUCUGUCAGUGAGAAAACUUAUGCUGCAUUUUAAGCUUUUACAUUUUUGUUUUAAUGGUGAUGACCUAAAACCAGCACCCCCAGCUGCCAUCUUGGUUGUGUGUCCUAGAAAACAGACAGAUUACACAGCUGUCACAAAAAAACUAUACACCAAGCAGCGAUUAUUAUUUUGUUCAACAGAAUUAAUGCUGGCUUAACAUCACACUUUACCCCGGUGUUAGAUAAUCACUGUGCGUCUUACUUUACUCAUGUAAAUGUAUAUUUGAGGUGCAAUUCAAGUUAUUUCUCACAGGAAUUAUACAAGUUGUCAUUUUCAGAGUGGUACACGCUUAAAGCAUUGUAGUUGGGGCUAAGGCAUGUCAUGGAAAUAUAUUAAUAUCAAACUUCAUAACCCACAUUUUCUUAUUUCCACGAAGACUGGCAUCCCAAUGUAACCUGCUGACUAUUAUCGAGUCUGACUUGUGAACUUCUUCUCAUUUAGGACAUGCCCAUAGACGUGGAUGAGAACGGCACUCUGGACCUGAGUAUGAAGAAAAGUCGGGAGGUGAAAGCCCCACCCAAGGUGCCUUUGGGAGACGCUGCCCUGUCCCCUCCUGAGUCCACUCUCAAGCAGGCCAGCAGUGUGCACAUCAGCCCUGCCUUCUACCAUGCCCUGUGUGAGAGAGAUGCCUGGGACACACCUCUCAACUUCAGCAAAUCACAACAAAUGAUGCACGAAAGAGAGGUAAAAAACACAACCUGAUUGUUAAUCUGUUAAAUGCACAAUAAAUACUGGGAGUUCAGGUGGGCCUUCGCUCUUCAGCAAAUAAAGGAAAUGAGGGGUGCUCAACAACAAUGACAAAAAUCACGAGAAUGGCUUACCAAGAAAAACUUCCAAAAGGACUAAUUCGAGGUAAAAACAAAUAUUGUACCAGACCUAUGAAACAGAGCUUAUUUGGCAAAAGUUGUUGAACAAGAGAAACGAGAGCUACCGAUAAUGGAGAAACAUAUUCAUGAGACUACCAACAGGCCCCUGGUCUAUAAAGGUGAUAUGGGCAUACAAUGUAUAAUGAUAGAUAAUCGUGUAUACUGUGUAUGUUCCUAAUAAAGCUCUUGUUAAAGAGAGUGUUCCUCACAGCUGGUAUUCCUGGUUGUUGUCGAUUUAAAAGGCCAUGACAUUUGUACUGUUGUUAAUUCACCGACGACAACAUCUGGUGCUGAACACAGAAUCUUUGAGAAAGUAAAUCCAAAUGAUUUAUUUCACAAGUAUUUCCGUCAUAAAUACUGUCCGUGUGGAUUAAAUGUGACUUUAAAUGGAUGUAUGGUUUACUGUAAGUAUCCUUAAGCGUAAUACCUCAGCCUUACCCCCAACCCCUAGGCUUGUGAUUUAAGAGUAGUAAGUGGGAUGUUUUCAUUGAUAAUUCACUUUUAGAUCAUGUUCAAGACUCAAGACUGAGACAGGAAGUCAGGAGGUUAAGCAGAUUUUUAAGGACACUUUAUUAUUAAGACUGCGUCCAAAAUGGCACCCUAUUACUUAUGUAGUGAAAAGGGUCAAUUUCAAACGUACCUAUGUCUCUCAGCAGGAGGAUUUUGACGACGCUUCUCUGGAGGACCAGAGCUACUCCGGAGACGCAAGCAUGUUAAGCCCCAAGACCAAGAUGCUCUUAAGAGAUGCUAAGAAAGAGCUGAUGAGGUAUUUCAUGUUAAACAUGUUGGGUCGGCUCAUUCUGGGGGUCCAGUGAGGGGAGAAAUUGACAUAUUGAGGCUUCUUUGCUCAGUCAUCUGUGUAUAAUGUGUAUUUCCCUCUAAAAAGGUCAGCUGACAGAUGGUCAGUAUUAAUAACAAAAGUGUAAUUCCCGACCAGACCUUUUAAAUGGGGCAGUAUAUUAUAAGUGGGGUGACUGAAUACACGCUCAGUGAAAUGCACUGGACAUGAUCUAUCCUAUUAUUAGCUCUUAUAUUGUUGCCUAUUAUAUAUUACAUAUCGUUGUGACUGGUAUGUCUGCAGGUUCAUGUGGAGAGGAAAUGUAUCUUGUUAAAAGUGAGUUUUUACAUGUCCGUAUGUCCUCAAAAUGAGCUUAUCACUCUUGACUUUGUAGUUAGACUCUGCAUGUUCUAUUGAGUUAGGCUCUGGGGACUUUAUUCACUUUAUGGUUAGGUACGAUUGAGUAGUUUACAGAAAACAAUUAGAUCUUCCAAGUGAGCACCUUUUUAUGAGCAACUUUCUGCCACUCCAAAUAAACACCAUCAGAGACAUUGUUGUAGUGAAUGUGUUCGGGAGUAAAAUAUCUUCUACUAAAUUUCCUGCUGCACUAACUUCACACUUCCAAUUCCACUAAUGCAAAUCAACGUCAUGUUAAAAAGGUUAAUAUACUGUAUUAGAAGUCCAUGUAUUGUAGAGUAUGGUCUAACUAAGUGUUGUGUUCUCUGCAGCUGUCCUACCCCCGGCUGUGACGGUAGUGGCCAUGUAACAGGAAAUUAUGCAUCACAUCGAAGGUAAUUACACACUCAUUAACACCAGCUAGUAAAUACUGUAAGGCCUGGUUCAGAGGAACAAUGUUGAUUGUUUCAUGUUGAUUAGUAUUAUAUGCUGCUGAAACUGUUUUUCUUUUAUUCAACCUAUUGUUGCUGUGGAAUUUAAGUAAUUUAAAACUUAUUUGUAAUUUUAUUGAAACGUUGGACAGAAACAACUGUUCAAACUUAACAAAUCUUAGCAUUUUUAGAACUGAAACCACCCCCCCAAAAAAAAUGUGAGAUGAUAAUGCAAAUGAUUGUCAUAUGGAUUGGGAGAAAAUGACGUCUCUGCCACAUUGCACUGUACAGUAUAUCAAUCACUGUCAGACUUCAAUUGAAUUGAACUAUGAUCAAAGGGUUCAUUAUAAUAACUCUCAGCUGUGUAUCCUCUGUCUGUAGUGUAUCUGGGUGCCCCCUGGCUGACAAGACUCUCAAAUCACUGAUGGCAGCCAACUCUCAGGAACUAAAGUACGUGUUGUCCUGUCAGUCAUCAUCAACUGUUUAUAGCCAGUAGUUCACCUGUUUGUGUUCACUGAGUCAACUUUGUGCUAUUUUAUUGGAUUACAUUAUACAUUCCACCUGGUCUCAUGCUGUUUUAGUCAUACAAUACACUGACUAUAUUGAAUUUGGACUUUUCUCCACUUCGUGUGAUCAGGCUGUAUACACUGAGUGUACAAAACAUUAGGAACACCGUCCUAAUAUUGAGUUGCAGACCCUUUUGCCCUCAGAACAGCCUCAAUUCGUUGGGCCAUGGACUCUACAAGGUGUCGAAAGCGUUCCACAGGGAUGUUGACUCCAAUGCUUCCCACAGUUGGCUGGAUGUCCUUUGGGUGGUGGACCAUUCUUGAUACACAUGGGAAAAUGUUGAGUGUGAAAACCCCAGCAGCAUUGCAGUUCUUGACACACUCAAACCGGUGUGCCUGGCACCAACUACCAUACCCCUUUCAAAGGCACUUAAAUCUUUUGUCUUGCCCAUUCACCCUCUGAAUGGCACACACACAAUCCAUGUCUCAGUUGUCUCAAUGCUUAAACAUCCUUCUUUAACCUGUCUCCUCCCCUUCAUCUACACUGAUUGAAAUUGAUGUAACAGGUGACAUCAAUAAGGGAUCAUAACUUUCACCUGUUCAGUCUAUGUCAUGGAAAGAGCCGGUGUUCCUAAUGUUUUGUACACUCAGUGUACAUUAUGCAAUAUACUGUAUAUCUACUGACCUCAUAGAACCUUUAAGUCUUUAAAAAAAUGCAUUUAAAUAUGAUAUCAUUGUCCAAGACGUCGCACUGAGUUUCACCUGUUUUGUCUGUCUCUCCACCUGCAGGUGCCCAACACUUGGUUGUGAUGGAUCUGGACAUGUGACUGGGAAUUAUGCUUCACACAGAAGGUAGUCUAGACUGGAUGACACAAAUUAUUGAAUAGAUUAACAGGAAUGUGUUUGAAUCUCGUUGUUUAUUUUUAUGAAUUCAUGAAUCUUUGACAUUUGGUAAACUGUUGUAUAUCCAAGAAGAUACGAUUCUGACGACACCUGACUGAUUUUUAAAACUGAUUUUGUUGUUUAGAAUGUGGUUUUCAGUGACAUGCUAUGUGAUAAUCAUUGAUGGAAGAGUUUGCUUGAUUUUAGCCCUAAAGUAGUGUUCAUUAUUGUUAAACCGUAUUGUCUCUAAACAUUUGUAGUUUGUCAGGAUGUCCACGUGCCAGAAAGGGGGGCUUGAAGCUCACACCAAACAGAGAUGCAAAAGACGAGCAAGAAAUUAAGUAAGAGAUUAUUCUUAUUCUUAUGAUUUCUGUUUGAUAUUUGUUGUUUAGUUUUUUACUGGCAUGACUACAUGAUUGCUGUCUCAUUGAAUGAAAAUACUUGUAUCCUGUUGUUAAGAGGUCAUUAUACCAGAAAAAUAUAAAGGAAAUUGUUUUUCUGAUCAUAACAUUAGUAGAUCAUCUUUCAAGGAUUAACAACAUGUGUAUAAUACAUGUUUUCAAACACUGUAAUAUUUUGAGUUUUCUUAUAAGAAUAUCUGGCUUAUCACUCUCUUGUGUGAGUGUUUUCCUUAUCAUCGUGUAUUGUUUAUUACAGGUCCCCCAUACUACUGUAUGGGUACAAAGCUUUGAUUCGCUGAUGUAAAGCUUAAUAAUUCUAGAUGCAGUUGUCUCUGGAAAAACUGUUAUUGGUAUUACAUUUACAUUUUAGUCAUUUAGCAGACGCUCUUAUCCAGAGCGACUUACAGUUAGUGAGUGCAUACAUUUUCAUACUGGCCCCCCGUGGGAAUCGAACCCACAACCCUGGCGUUGCAAGCGCCAUGCUCUACCAACUGAGCUACACGGGACCAUAAAAAAAUUAUGUAAUUGAUUGCUGCUGCUUAAAUCCAAAGUCAGAUGUAUGAGACCUUGUUUACUUCUACAACUGGACAGACACAGAUUUUCCAUUCUUUUUAAUUACUAAUGCAGGGCCAAGAGCUUAGGAAUUAGACUGGAAUAAAUCUCAUCCACAUUAAGAGAGGGUGGGGGAGCGGCAGGUAGCCUGGCAGUUAGAGCAUUGGGCCAAUAACCAAAAGGUUGCUACUGUAGUGAUUCUGUAAUGUUACUAGAUUAUUGUAAAUUGUAGGCCAUAUGGCAUGCUUCCAUUGUCCUGGUACCUUCCAUCUACCUGUGGUGUAUGGAUGGAUGGAAGUAAUGGGGUUGGGGUUGUUUUGUCCUCUAAGUACUAGCAGUACUCUGAACAAUGAAGUGCAACAACAAGCAUUGUUACAGUAGCACUCUGUUUGUACGCUAGUUCUGUGUUCCAUUUGUACUAUCUCAGCCUGCCUUUCACCUUUACCAAUAAGGGAAGGGGUCGGCAACCCUUAAAAUUACAUUCUUCACAUGACGGGAUACAUGACAAUUAUGUGUAAUUCAUGUCACUCCAUUACUGACCUGUAGAAAACAGAGCUGGAAAAAUGUAAUUACCUUUAUAACUCUUAACAAUAUUCAACAAGACUUGUGCUUAUGUUUUUCGAUUACAAAAACCAAUAACCUACCUCGUACUGUAUAUGUAGGCUAUAUCAAUCUGAAUGUGUUUAUUAUUCCAAAGUUUUUGUGGAUUAGCAAUUUGGCUGAUACGAUUAUUUGAGCCUGCUUGACUACAUUUUUAAUCAGCAUUUGACUGGAUUAAUCAACGUAAUGGUUUGACAAAUCUUCCGGUCUAGUUAGUGAGGGAUAUUUAUGAACUGUGCAAAUGAUUUGUUUGAGUACGUACGUAUGUAUUAUGUGUGAUUUAAGAGGUUAAGUAAAGUCGUCGCAACUCAGUUGACAGCAUUUUGAUCUACUUACAUUUCCAUUGUACUUAAACUGUAAACAGAGAUAGAUUUACAUAUCUCAGAUCAUACUGUAUUUACUACAUCUGUCAUAUCAAAUGGCCUGAACUGCCAAACUAUUCUGAGCGAAAAACAGCUUGCUGGUGACAAUAAUCUUUCUCCUCUGCCUCAUCUGAAUGAGAAUAGGCAUCUCUCACAGGGGCACUCUGUACAUUGUCAACAGUCUGUGUUACAACAUGAAUCACUCCACUAGCAGUUUAAGGGGAGUACAUCAUAUAGUAACAGACUCCUGGGUAUAUAUAGAAUGAAUAGACCUGACACAAUUCCCUAUUCUAUCUGACAGAUAAUCAUAUCUGUUCUAUGCGAUACAUUUCUAACUGAACAUUUGUAAUGUAAAAUCCUCCUUAACAGAUUCCUUGUUUGUCUCCGUACUAGGUGUCAAGUGAUAGGUUGUGAUGGGCAGGGCCACACAUCGGGGAAGUACACAUCUCACCGCAGUGCAGGGAGCUGCCCCCUCGCUGCCAAGAGGCAGAACGAGUCAUCCAUCAAUGGCCUCCCCUUCCCCUGGAAUAAGGCCUGCAAACAGGAACUGCCCCACUGUCCCCUGCCCGGCUGCAAUGGCCUUGGACACGCCAAUAACGUGUUUGUCACCCAUAGAAGGUGAGGUUGCAUUGCAUCAAUGUUGACCCUUAUGAUUCUAGUGACAUUUUUAUAAUUUCUAUUGAUACUACUAUUCUUCACCACUGACCCUUAAUUAAAGGCGCACUCCUUGAAUUGAAAAACAUCUAAAUAGCUUGAUAUUGACAUUAGUGAGUUUGUAUUAUUUAUUUCUUUUUAUUUAAUUUUAUUUCUAAAUAGUUUGUCUGGAUGCCCACUUAAUGCUCAAAGUAUCAAGAAGAAGAUGUCAGGAGAGGAGAUGGUGACUAUUAAACUGAAAGCCAGCAGUGGUAAGUCAUGGUGGUGGACAGUACAUACAGUAUAUGCUUUGGCAGGAUAAUAUAUUUUAUGGAAAUGUUAAUCUUAGUACCAUCAAAGUAUGUGUAGACCCUCUGCUAGUUGAUUCACUGAAGCACAGUAGCAGGUUUAGCUUGCAUUUCAUAAGAGUAUUCUCCAUUUUCAAACAGGAGUCGACAACAACGAUGACAUGCAACACUUGGAUCAUGAAAUCAAGGAACUGAACGAAUCCAACCUGAAAAUAGAAGCUGACAUGAUGCAACUGCAGACCCAGGUAACUAUCCACAUCUGUGAUGAUAUGAUGGUUUUCAAAGGAUUCAGGCCUAGUUCAGUUUGACAAGUUUUCCUCUUCCCUGAAAGCAGAUUUCGUCAAUGGAAUGUAACCUGAAGACAAUAGAGGAGGAGAACAAAAUGAUUGAACAGCACAAUGACAGCCUUCUGAAAGAGUUAGCUCGCCUCAGCCAAGCUCUCAUCAACAGUCUCACAGACAUCCAACUGCCUCAAAUGGUACAGUAGGCCUCAUCCGAACCUCCUCACUUGCACUUGUAGCAUUUUUUUACCAUAUUUUUAUCUAUAGUGCAGUAUUUCCAAAACUCGGUCCUCGGGACCCCAAGGGGUGCACGUUUUGGUUUUUGCCCCAUCACUACACAGCUGAUUCAAAUUAUCAAAGCUUGAUGAUUAGUUGAUUAUUUGAAUCAGCUGUGUAGUGCUAGGGCAAAACGUGCACCCCUUGGGGUACCGAGGACCGAGUUUUGGAAACCCUGCUAUAGUGGCAUUAAAUUCUUAUUGUCAAUAUAUGCUUCAGUUUGUGAACUAAUAUUAGAACAUGUUUGUGUUCCAGGGGCCCAUCAGUGAGCAUAAUUUCGAAGCCUAUGUGAACACAUUAACAGAUAUGUACAACAACUCGGAGCACGACUACUCUCCCGAGUGUAAGGCUCUCUUGGAUAAUAUCAAACAGGCUAUAAAGGGAAUCCACGUU